CCCUAGUUGUGCGGCCUUUUGCCACCCCUGCCGCUCUUCCUACCAUCCCUGUUGUAGGCCUCUGUUGCCUCUUAAUCGUUGUGAGCAGGAUCUGGCAAGUCUCUUACCUCUCGCUCUUUCCACGGAAGAGGAACCGGCUACUAUUCACGAAGGAUCAAACCGGCGAGAGGUGAGAUGGACGUUGACGACUGAGUGAGUGGGCAAGCUUAUCGUGUUGGAGGUGAAGCACGACCACUAUGAGCUCUGGUGAAAGCGAGUUCAGUGCCUGCCGACUCGGGAAGGUCAAGGUGGCCAUCAACGGGUUCGGCCGCUUGGGCCAGAGCAUCUACCGCGCCUCCAUUGAGUGCGGGGCAGACGUCGUAGCUAUCAACGACAGCUUUCUGCAUCCGCCGAAUAUCAGAGCAAAGGUGCGUGUACACUCAGAAACCGUCACCUCACCUCAGGUGCAUUGAUGUGUGUGAUGUCGCUCAGCUGCGCACCAUCAUGGCCCCGUCCACGACGACCAACUACAAGCGCCUGAACAGUCUGUCCAUUCCCAAAAACUUCCCCCGUCCCACCCUUGCUUCCCUCGCCCCCCACCAGCAGCAGCAGCAGCUCAUCGGCGCCAGCACCAGCUCCCCGCGCGUCUAUCACGUCCUGGACCACGCGGCCAUGUGCGUGUGCGAGAGUGAGGUGGAGUGUCUCGUCGACACAUCGAGGGGCGCAGGACGUCUGGUGUUCAUCCGCAUGCGGCCGUCCGCCAACGCCAUGUGGGUGCGGCCGCCCAAGCGAGUGGCCAGCGGGUCGACACUGUCGGUCUCGUCGGAGGGCGGGUGCGGCAUGGCGUCGAGCGAGGACGAGACCGCAGACAGCUCGGCAGACGAACACGGUACCUGAGGGAGACGAGGGAGGAGAAACCACGCAGUGUCCGGCGUAUCACCGUGUGCAUCUCUCUUGUCCCCUGUGUGCAGAUGAUCGGGUGCUGACGUAUCUGGAACGUCUGCGCGAGCGCCUCUCGGUCGACUACCGUUCUCUGGUGGUGGAGGAGCAGUCGCCCCUGGAGUUCCGCAUCGUCCAGCGACCCGACCACCAGCACCACCACUCAAGCGGCAAGCGCGACAUCCUCUCGCCCUCCACUCCGCCUCUCUUCUCGCCGGCGGGGUCGCCACCCGACUCGCCCACACGCACGGGGCUGCUGCCGGCUGCUGCGGCGGUGCGGCAGCCGUACCUGCUGUCGUCUCCUUCGCUGGUGGGGGGCGACAUGGUGUAUGACGAAGACGGGAUGCACCACUUCUGCCAUGACGCGCCGCUUGUCGGAUAGAUGAGGUUGUUGAGAGGGGGGCGGGGGCGAUGGGUCCGUUUUGUCACAUGGGAUAAUGUCCACUGUUGCGUUGUUCCGUUUUCUGGAACUCCUGUGUCAUGCGUGUCGGCUACCACAUACUGUCGGUGGUUGACACUCGUGCCAGAGGGUCUCUAUGACGCGGGGAACGGACAGUGAGACGCCCUAAUAGUCACUCUCUGCAAGAGAGUACCGUCACGAUUGUGCGCGGGGGGGAGCAUGGCCGUCAAGGGGGAGAGAGAGAGAGAGAGAGAGAGAGAGAGAGCGACGCAGCUACUCGUCGUCUGCUGCGUGUCUGACUGGCUGCGGGCUGGAUGAUGGAAGGGAGGAGGGAGGGGGGAGGGAGGGAGCGGUGGCAUGUCCCAAGUAUUUCACCGACCAGGCAGCUGCAACGCUGCUACAGUCACAUGGCGUGUCUGUCUGUGGGCUAGCUUCAGUCUGUAUGUAUCAAUGCCGACAUUUUCACUCGAUGACUUUUCCAGCCGGCUCAUGGAUGGCUCGCUACGUGUCGGAGUGUGCAGCGGUCUCCUGCCUGCCUGUCCGCCUCCCUCCCUCCCUCCCUCUCUCCCUCCCUCCCUCCCUCCCUGCCUCUCUCCUAUGCUAUCAUCUGUUUUUGCAGUGCAUGUGUGUGGCGUGGCGUGGCGUGGGUUGGAUGGUGCUAUCAAGAGUCAUAUGUCCGUGUGUGAGGCUCUGUUGCGGCAACUGGUUCCGGCGAGCAGCACUUGCGUUCUACCUCCCUUGUCCACUCACGUGCUUCCCUGUCUUGUGAUGAUGUGAUGUGAUGUGUGUCGGGGGGGAAAUGCGGGGCGGGGAUGGCUAGUCGAUGACUUGAGAGGGAGAGGGAUACUACUUACAGUCGGCCAGUGGAUUUGACCUGUGUAUGUGUGUGUGCGGGAGGGGGGAGGGAGGGGGGGCGCUCUGUCUUUGGAGCAUGUCACAGAUUUGCCCAGACAGGCGACCGUUGGCUUUGCUGCUUCCUGGAUGGAUGGAUGGUCCGUGCUGUGUUUCGUUCGUGUCGUGUGUGGUGUGGUGUGGUGUGGUGUGUCGCCCUCGUCGUGUUGCCCGUGUUGUGUUGUGUUGUGUGGCUGCUGUGUGUUGUGAGUGAGGGUAUGAGGGCAAGUCGUUGGUUGACAUCCAUUGGCUGGAUCUGUUUUGACGGCCGUGAGAGAACCGUAGGCAAUGCCGGUAGGUAGGUAGGGUAGGAAAGUACUCCGUUGGAUCUGCGCUCCUUUUCCAUUUUUGCAAGACCAACACACCACCCACCGCCCACACGCACGGCCUCACACCACACCACACCACACCACAACACGGCAGCCUUUGUGAAUGUUUGUGGCUACUUACAUUCCUGCGUACUUGCGUACUCGCGAUUGUUUCUGCAUUGACGUGUUGUGUGUGCCAUCUGUGUGUGUGUGCGUGUGUUGGGGUGCAUUGCAUCAGCGAGCAUUUUUUGAGGCGACCUACUGAGACACCGAAGACGACCAACGAGCCUCUUAGAUUGAUUCACCUCCUUUUUCCGUACUCUUGAGCUGUGGUGACUGUUUGGCUGGUGCAUGUGCGUGGGAGGGAGGAUGGUUGGGGUGGUGAGAUUUGUUCAAUCAACAGAUGUGUGUGUGUGUGUGUGUGUGUCUGUGAGGGUGGAGGGUUCGUGUGUGAUUGUUUUGCAUUCAUUCAGCCCGAUCGAUCGAUCAGAGAAAGUUAAGGGCAGGAAUUGACGUGCAUGUCCCUACGUACCUGUCCGUCUGGUGUGUGUACCUGUAUAUGUGUGGGUGUGUGGAG